AUGCUUGGGGACACCCAGCAGUUUCCACGGAGCCCAGUCUGGCGGCUGCACGCCGCGAAGCGAUGGCUGUUCUGGGAUGCAGCUCUUGCUGCUUUUCACAAAGAUGACCUGGAACGCCAUCUAGGGCGUGCUGGGGGGCUGCCCGGGUCUAGACCCCCCUCCCCCACUUCUCCCCGAGGCUGCCCUCCCUGGGGAUUGCCCGGGGGUGGGGGAGGGGGCAGCCUGAAGACCAGACCUUGGAGUGACGUGGAGUUGGGUCUGAACACCAGCUCUGUCUUUACUCAGGGUGAGCUUGGGGCACCUCUCCCAGGCCUCAGUAUGCUCCCCUGUGAAAUGGGCAUCUAA